AUGCACAUCCAGUACUUUCCGAACGUGCCGCAACCGUCGCGCGACGCGCGGACCAUCAUUCGAACGCAUCGAUUGGGUCUCAGCGGAAACACACUUUUUCUCUUCCUCGAAACCGCCGAUUUCUUUGAAUUUUUCGCCGUAGACGUUCGGUUUCCGCGCCGAUGGAUCCCCGUCGGACGGAUGGAUCGCCAGGACGUUUCCUAUUCGUUCGCCACACUUUCCGAGGAUGCUCGCCACGUCUAUGUGCUCUUUUUGCGGUUGGCCGACGAUGUUAUGUUCGGAAUUCUGGAGUUUGAUGUGUUUGCGAGGACCGAGACGUUGUACACGUGAGUUUUUGAGUCGCUUUGAUCGAAAUGAAAUGCACCAAAUUCAAAGCGAUAUAUCUCAGCUGUGAGUAGAGAUAGUGAAAAGUUGUCAACUACAAAAAUGUUCAUUAAGACAUUUUGCACAUUUUGUCAGUUGAUCGCAUUUUGCUAUCUUUACUGGCAGCUGAGAUAUAUCGCUUUGAAUGAACAACUGGCUAUCCGCCUUGUGUGUAACUUUUGAACCGCACUUGACCCUUGAUUUUUAUACUUUUCCAGUAUUUUGAUAAACUAACGAGAUUCUUAGAGACUUAUAGCUAUUCAAAAAGUGAUUUUACACAAUACAAAUAUCACUUUUUACAGAUUCGACACCCGGAACGAUCUGAACCGUGUCGACGAGAUUCCACUGGAGAACAUCAAGUUCCGUAGCGGCGCCGACGGCCAAUUUGUGCUCUACGAUCGGACGAUUUUGAAGGGGGAGAUCCCUUUUUGGACCCUCCGGCUCAAUGCGCCCGAACAAACGUUCACUAUUCUCAAAAACUCGAUUCCGGACAAUGGGGACCACGAGGCGGAGGAGGGCAAUAGUUAUUCGUAUCCGAUUGCCUUCGAUCCGAUCAACCGAGUUUUUGCGAAGCUUAUGGUAACUAGUUUUAUGAAAAUAUUGUAUCCUCAACUUUCAGGGACCACGUGUGAUGUCCGUGUACACUGAGGACCGUAAAAAGUGGGUAAACUACGUGCUGCCGGCCGAGCAUUCUCUGGAAGAAGUUUUCGGAUCCAUCGGAUUUCCGGUCGGCGACAAUCGAGUCAUUCGCGAAACUUACGGAUCCCAUGGACAUCGCGGCGGCGCCAUGCAGACCAAACUCACUUUUCAUGAUUUGGACGGAGCUGUCGUGGCCCGAGUGCUGCACAAUGACAAGUUGCACACGACUGCGGUCGUCGAGUUGGGUGAGUGACUUGAAGACGGCGUAACUCAGCGCGGAGUAGAGAUAUGAAAAAGUUGUCAACUAGAAAAAUGUUUAUUAAGAAAUGAGGCACAUUUUUGUAGUUGACCACUUUUUGAUAUCUCUACAGACGGCUGAGAUACAUCGCUUUGACCAAACGGUAUUAGUGUUGAGCCGUUCUACGCUGUGUAAGAUCUUUGUUGAGGCGAAAGAAUUGCAGAGUUGUAGAGUCGAUAUAGUUUUCAGUUGCGAAAUGUCCUGUUUCAGAUCACGAAAAGCAAGAAAUUCGUGUUCGAAAACUGGCGACAUUCGGUCUGGACGAGAACGUUUCCCGAAUGUUCUACCUGAUCGCCGCCCCGCAUUUCCACGUAUUUCUAGGCGUCCGAAAAAGUGCGAUAGUAUUCAUUCGGGUAAGCUCUUGAUCUAUAUUCAACCUACAGUACCCUACAGUAAUCCUAUUCAGAGUCCGACACUCGAGGAAAAAUGCGGUUGGGCGGUGCAGAAAAUGUUGAUGGGCGAUGGAUUUGAGGAGGAAGUGGCACGGGUGUCCGAUGUGAAUCAAUUGAAGACGUUGGCAUUCGCAAAGUUCACGGAGCACGAUGAGCACGUUUUAGAGCAGCUGGGAAGAGUUGGAAUCAGUGAUACGGAGUGA